GCAAGGGAAGAUAACUCCAAUAGUUGGAUUCCAAAAUGGCCGAUGGGAAAGAAAUUGAGAAAACUAACUCGGCUUCGGCUGAUGGUGGACAACAAGUCAUUCCAUUAGAUGAAGAAGACAAGACGGCACAGGAAGACCAGUUCGUUGGUGCAACAUUAGAACUUAAUGACAGCAAUAAAAACGCAGCAGACCAACCGAAAGUUGCGUUUGCUGGACCUGGGGGUGACCAAAGCAAUACCCGGACAUCUACGACAUCAAAUGAUUUACAACAACAUGACGACGCAGGACCCGGACUUUCUCGAAAUCGCCCUGGUAGCGUAAUUGGCAGCAGAAGUACAUCAAGCACUUCAAGUCGUACAUCUAUGCGACCAAAUUUUAUCAAAUCAGAUGUUGUUGCUAAAACUUUCUUUAGCUACAAGGGACAGAAUUUUGAGACAGCUCUUCAAGAAUGUAGAAAUCAAGUGAAACCAGACCUUGAUGGAAAAAUUCUCGGAGAAUGGCUAUUGGCAGAAAUUGACCAUUGGAACAUGGAAAAAGAAAAAGUGGUACUGUUAACUGAGAACUCUGUCUUGGUAUUCAAAUAUAACUUUAUAACUCAAACCUUAUAUGAAUUCCGUAGAGUAAUGUUACAUGGUAUUGAUACUAUAGCUAUUGGUGACUUCAAAUACCCUGACUAUUCUAUAAUGCCUGACAGACAACAUGGUGGAGUACAGCUUAGAUGGAAUAAAGGCUCGGAACCAACAUUUGGUCAGCGUUGGAAUCCAUGGUGUACAGAUAUUCCCUGGUUAACUUUUGCCCAUCACCCAGUCCUCUACAAUCCUAAAGAAAAUGAAACAACUACUUACAAUGUUGAUGAGUUUUAUGAAAGUUUGCUUCAGGCCAUCAGUAAAGCUUACGAAGAAAAACGACCAGGAGAGAAGAUAACAGUCGUAGAAGGUCCCAUACUUAUUAACAGUUAUGCCAAUAUCGCUACUAUCGUACACAAUGAUAGUGGUAUGGGCUUUUUCCGUGAUAGAAAUGGAAUAAGCUUUUGAAUCUUUAGACAUUGAUUCAACUUAUUCCAAAACAGAAAUUACUGAAAUUUUUAAACAGGCUACUUGUUUCUAUUUAGUAGCUUGUUUAGAAAUCUGUAAAAUAUUAUAAAUUAUUUCUUUCUUUUUUCAUUUCAAAUAAACAUUGUUUGUGGACUCUCUAAAUCACUUUGGUAAAUUUUGUAAACUUUUACAAUACAGGUAAAGCCAGUUUAAAGUGAUUCAGUGUGUCGACAGCCACACCUAUUCAGGCAUGAUAGCUUUCUCUAUGCUAGGGAUUCAUUCCCAUGAUUUCUGGUGCCUUAGGCAGUGUAUUAAAAUGUAUUAAUGCAAUCAUUGAUCCGUUACUAUUGAAUAUAUAUUAUUUUUAUGUUUUUCUUGCUCAUGCAUUAUAUUUUGUGAACUUUGAUAACAAAUAGAGCAAUUCUCAUGUUAUAAAUCUAUCAAAACCUUUAUUACUACAUAACAUUUCUUAUUAAAAUAAUAAUCCUUUAGUGGCAUAAUCUUUUAUUAGAAUCAUUAUUCAAAACAAUUGAUAUCUUGAAAUAAAUCACAUUAUAUCAGAGAAAUUAAUGGACUAUAGAACAAGAAAUUGAUGUGCAAAUUAAUCUGAAAUCAUAAGGAUUCAGAUAUACUUUGGUUAAAUUAAUGGUUGAUGAGCAGAGCCAACAUAAAAAAUUUCAAGUAACACUCCUAUUUGUCGGGUCUAAUUCUUUCUUGAUAUUAAACGACAAAAGCUUAAAUGCCUGUGAUAUAUCAUGGUGUAUGUAAUGAGAAUAAUACACUGGUAAUAAGUACAUAUAAUGUACUUUAAGAAGUUGUUUAACUCUUCAAGUGUGCUAUGUUUUUGAUUUGAUGUGCAUCUUAUAAUUGGUCUGGCAUGUCUAAAAUAUCAAACAGAUAAUAAUAUAAUUCACCUUAUUAGCAUAAUUGAUUAUUUCGGAGAAAUGUCUUGUCUCAGGGGGGAUAUUAUUAUAUUUAAAUAUCAAUCAGGUCCAGAAAGUCAACUAAUGGGAUUUAAAUAUGUCUGCAAAACAAGUAACAAGAACUGGUAUUAUUUUCCUUAUCUGUGCAUUUAAAAAAACAUUUAGGAGUCAUUACUAUCUAUGAAAAUAUCCUCCUACAAAUCCAAAUUAAGGAUUUUUUGUUGAAUAUAUGCAUUUGAGGUAAUCUUAAUUUUUUUUAAAAAACACAACAUAUUUAUUUAAAGUUCACUUUAUGAUUCUAAAUGAGAUCAAUCAGUUCAAUAACCUAAUUGUAAUAAUUUAAUUGUUAUUGUUGUUUAAUGUAUAGAUAUAUAUAUUUGUUAUGAUUUUGCUUUUGUAUAUAUAUAUGGACACCAUUCAUGCGACUAACAGUAUAAGAUUGGUUUGUGUUUAAUUGUAAACCAUAGAAAGUUAGUAAUUGAUAAUGCACACCUUGUAUGUUGAGCUGUCAUUACUCAGUUAUUGUGUUAUAGUGCUGUUUAUUUGUUCAUGUUUGAGAAACCUAACAAUAUUAUUAACCUUGCUCUGAACUGGUGUGCUGUUUCCCUAAAUUGUAUUAUUUUGUUUUGUAAAUUUUAUUCUUCUUGGGAGUUGUUGAUAAAAACUGAAACGAGACAAUUUAGAUUUCAUUGAAAUUGAGAAAUGAUGUUGUUCAUUUUUGACUCAGGAAAUGUCUUAGACUGGCCCAAAGGGGGAAUAAUUAACUGAGUUAACAUAUCUCAAGGUUUUUUGAUAGUCGAUAAUUUUGACAAAUAUAAAAUACAAAAGUUAGAAGUUUGACAAAUCUGAUUUUUCUAUUUUAAAUUUUUGAUAAAUCUGUGCAUUCAAUAACCAACCAUAUUCAACAAGUUUUCAAAAUUGAAUUGGGUUAAAUCAUUGUUUUCUAAUUUCUUGAACUAUAUUGUAAUGCAAAUUUGAAUCCCACACAUUUAAAUCCUUGUCGCUAACUAAAUUAAUUUGUUAUAUUUUGUAGUUGUAUGCAAUUUGGUUUUUAUAUAUUGUUAGAUUUCUACAGAAUUAGACCAUUAUCAAUGAUGGAGAUUUUUUUAUUAUUGCUAAUUAUUAUGAUAAAUUCCUUGCUAUAUAUACUGAAACGCAAUGAAAAUACACCAUUUUUAAAAAUGGAUGAUUGUUAAUUUUGCAUUUCUGAAUGUAACAAAUUCAGAUAAAGGGGUGUAGAAUUUAGUUUUAUGGAAGACGCAACAACAUGCCACAAACCUGGGUGGCAACAAGUGACGAUGCCUCUACAAGAUCAGCACAUUAUCCUGCAAUAUCUUUAGGAUCGCACGUUGCUGCUGUUUUUAGCUGCCAACAUGAAUUCAUCAGUGCUGAUAGUGUUACUGUUCAUAGCCGACAAAGCUCUCCUGGAAAGAUUGCCAGGCAACCUUAUAUUGGACCAAUUCGGACUCAUUUUACCCCUGGUGCCUAUGUUUCACUGUAAUCAAAGUUGUUGUGGUCUCUGAGUUGUUUAUGCCAGUAUACAAUUACCGGUAUACCAAAAAUCACAUCUUGUGCAUUUUAUCUCAAAACUUACUGUCAUUGGUGUGUUUUCAAUGCAAAUCAGUAUAUUUGUAUUCUUCUUGACGUUGCAUAUCAGUAUAUUUGUAUUCUUGUCGUUUUCACGUAGUUCAAUAUAAAUUGUUUUUUAUUAAUAUUACAUGUAGAUAGAAAUGGCAUUCCUAUAUCUUUUCUAGCAAAAUAUAACAAUUUUGGUGUACAAACACACAUAACUAGUGUUGUAAAUUAUCAUGAUUUAUUAUUUUACUACAGGUUAAAAAUUUAUUGAUUUUUAUACGCCGACAUUGAUCAUAUUUUGCCGUCACCCCCGUCGGUCGGUCCUGCAUUCACUAUUGUUGUGGACGCUUUAGUGGCUAAAGCUAAUAUCCGUUUGACUUUAAAUUUAUACACAGUGUUAACGAUCAUGAGACGAAGAAGAUCCUUGAUUUUCAAAUAUUUCGGAUAAUUAUUGCCAGAGUUAUGGCCCUUGAUCACUUUAAAAUAUCUUAUGGACGCUCUAGACACUUAAGUUAAUAUCUGAUUGACUUUAAUAAAUUUAUACACAGUGUUUACGGUAAAGAGACGAGGAAGCCUAUUGCUUUUCAAAAAUUUCUGAUAAUUACUACCAGAGUUAUGAUCACUUGAGAAAUCUUAGAUGUUCUAGAGGCUGAAGUUAAUAUAAAUUUAUACUAACAGUGUUUAUGCUCAUGAGAUACACAAUCGAAACAAAUUCUAAUGAUUUCUGAUAACUAAUAAAUGUGUUACUCGUAAUCAGAUUUUAGUGUGUUGUAAAUGUUUCCAUUACUUACAAAAGAGAAAAUAUGUGACAACCCUUGUUGACUGCCCGGACAACUUAGCUGCUGUGGACAUAGGUUUUGUUGCCUGACAACCUAUCUUUUUUAUUUUUAUCAAGAUAAUUUUGCAAAUGUCAUCAAGGUCACACCCCAAUGGCUAUACCCAAGUUAACUUUGCAAUUAAAAUUUGUUGAAUUCUUUUAAUAUUAAUUUAAUGAAUUGAUCUCAAUUUUCAACUGUUAUAAGAAAAGAUAGAAUUCGUAUGAGGUUUAUUAUCUUAUUAAACUCAUUGUACAUGAAAUUUUGAAAAUUUUUAGUACAGUAUAUGAACUAACUUUAUACUUCUAUUGAGGUGGAUUAUGAGAGGUACAUGCACUCGAAUAUUUGUAAGAAGAUUUAAGCACCUUUUAGAAACGAUCAAACUGAGCACCUUUCUCUUGCUAUUAAGGAAUAUAAUAUAAAUUUGUGUGCUGUUGUAUGAAUUCAUAUCUUCACAAGUGGUAUUUGCAUUAAUAUAUGGUGUUGUCUAUAAUACUUCUAAAUCCAUCCAUACAGAUUGUAUCAAUCAAUUCUUUUUCAUAAUCAAUAAUUCUAUAUGAUUGGUUCAUGUUUUCAAUAUUUAUUAAAAUCUUAUAACUUUGA